AUGGAGAAAUCCACGGAGGCCACAGCCCAGGCUGUCCCCCAUGACCCUGUGCUGGAUCCAGAGCACCAACAUCACCACACUCAUCAUCACCAUACAACCUACGCCGAAGAAGGUCGCCAAGAUGAAGUAGUCUACUCUAGCGAUGUCCAGUUCGAGAAAGGCGUGGUCCCCGAACCAAAACCAUUGGACCAUGACAGCAAGUCCAGCUCUAGGGAUGAAGAAGCUGCUGAAAGCUACCCCCAGCGAACAUGGUAUCGGCGCGCGAUGAAGCAUCGGAGACACGCCGUCCAUUUAGUCGUUUGGCUCUUAUUUACCGGCUGGUGGAUUGCUGGUCUGAUUUUGCAUCGGUAUGACCUCGGAUGGCUCAUCCCAUUCCUGCUGUAUCUUGCCAUCACCCUGCGCAUUAUCUUCUUCUAUGUUCCCAUCACCAUCGUGACAAAGCCUAUGAGCUUCGUGUGGUCACACACUGCCCGUGUGAUCGUGCGCGCGAUCCCAGAGAAGUUAAGGACGCCCGCUGGCGCCCUGGUAUGCAUCGCUGUAAUCAUCAUCGGAGCAUUCGCCUCCCCAGAGUCCGAAGAUAACACGCGUGCCAGCCGUGCCGUCAGUCUCUUCGGUAUGGUAGUCUUCAUCUUCGGCCUGUGGCUCACAUCCCGCAACCGCAAGAAGAUCAUCUGGCACACUGUCAUCGUCGGCAUGCUGUCACAGUUCAUCAUCGCGCUCUUCGUGCUCCGCUCCGGCGCAGGUUACGACAUCUUCAACUUCAUCUCCGAGCUGGCUCGUGACCUCCUCGAAUUCGCCAUUGACGGUGUAACCUUCCUGACGAGCGAUGACUUCUACAAACUCAAAACCCCUUCGAACCUGCAAACUUCUUCCUCAUCAGCCGUGCUGCAAUGGUUCAUCGGCAAAUUCGCCGUCUUCUUCUUCUGGAGCAUGCGCGUUUCCGGCGCCGAAGCUGUAGUCGCAGCCGCAUCACCUUUCAUCGGACAAGGCGAAUCAGCCAUGCUAAUCCGCCCCUUCAUCGCUCACCUCACAAUGGCCGAGCUCCACCAAGUCAUGUGCUCCGGCUUCGCAACAAUCGCUGGAAGUGUCCUGAUCGCCUACAUCAGCAUGGGCGUUAACCCACAGGCACUGGUGAGUUCCUGCGUCAUGAGUAUCCCAGCCUCCCUGGCAGUCUCGAAGCUGCGCUGGCCCGAAGAAGAAGAAACACUCACAGCGGGUCGUGUCGUCGUCCCCGAUAACGAAGAACACCGCUCCUCAAACGCCCUGCACGCUUUCUCCAGCGGUGCCUGGCUCGGACUGAAAAUCGCCGCUAUGAUCGGCGCCACCCUGCUCUGUAUCAUCUCCCUCGUCGGUCUGGUUAACGGCCUCCUCACUUGGUGGGGCAGGUAUCUAAAUAUCAACGAUCCCCCUCUGACCCUGGAAUUGAUCGUCGGAUACAUCUGUUACCCGAUUGCUUUCUUACUCGGUGUUUCCCGUAACGGCGAUCUACUGAAGGUUGGCCAGCUGAUCGGUCUCAAGCUCGUUACUAACGAAUUCGUCGCCUACGACGCUCUCCAGAACUCAGAAGUUUACUCUGACCUCUCAGACCGCUCCCGUCUCAUCGCCACCUACGCUCUCUGUGGUUUCGCCAAUAUUGGAUCCCUGGGUAACCAGAUCGGUGUGCUGUCGCAGAUCUCGCCUGCUCGUGGAGGUGACGUAUCGCGUGUUGCGUUCAGUGCUAUGAUUACUGGUGCUAUUAGUACUUUUACUAGUGCUACUAUUGCUGGUCUGCUUAUCACUAAUGAGAAGCAGUAUUUCAGUUCUUGA